AUGAAGGAUUUGUACAACUGCACCGAAUGCAUUUGCACCGAGGGUGUUACGGAUAAUAAGCCGACUACCAGUGUGUUCCAGUUGCUGUUUGAGGUAGUAGACGAACAAGUUCCACUUGAUACCAGAGCUCGACUUACAGCUUAUCAUUCACUUCUUGCUUACGAUACAAUGCUUUCAUUACAGUACCCGCCUAUGGUGAUUCUUGCAGAUAAAGACCGAGGUUUGUUCACUACAGAGAUCACGAAAGCUGCGAGUUCUCGCUGGGAUGUUAUUAUGCACUAUCCGGCCUCUUGA